CCGCCCCUUCUCUCUCCCUCGCACUAGCUCUCGCUUUCACCUCUCCAACCCUGUCGUGCCCGCGCCCGCGUUCCCGCUGUGGCUCCUGGGCUGCCUGUAGCCGGAGCUUUUCACCCGGGAGGAGGUGAGAGUCGGUGUGAGUGAGCGACGGGACUGCUUGGGAUUUAUACGCCGGAGUGUGACUGGGAAAGAAGAAAGAGAUUCAGGGACACGGGGCUCUGACAGCCCGGAUUGCCUGACACACCUCCCCGGGCUUCCGAGAGAGAGAGGUUGCCUUCUGUCUGCACCGAGGGGGGUGGGAUCCACCCCACGGCCCCCGGGCACCAUGAGCUGGGGCACAGAACUCUGGGAUCAGUUUGACAACUUAGAGAAACACACACAGUGGGGGAUAGAAGUGCUGGAAAAAUACAUAAAGUUUGUGAAAGAGAGAACCGAGAUUGAAAUCAACUAUGCAAAACAGCUGCGGAAUCUUUCCAAAAAAUACCAAACUAAGAAGAACUCCAAAGAAGAGGAAGAAUCAAAAUACACAUCAUGCAAAGCCUUCCAAGCCACACUGAAUGAAAUGAAUGAUUAUGCUGGGCAACAUGAAGUCAUUUCAGAGAACAUGGCGUCCCAAAUAACAGCAGAGCUAACACGGUUCGUGCAGGAGGUGAAACAGGAGAGGAAACAGCACUUCCAUGAAGGUCGCAAGGCGCAGCAACACAUCGAGACAUGCUGGAAACAGCUGGAAGCAAGUAAAAGAAGGUUUGAACGGGACUGCAAAGAGGCUGAACGAGCGCAGCAAUACUUUGAGAAAAUGGAUGCCGACAUUAACGUAACAAAAGCUGAUGUUGAAAAGGCUCGGCAGCAGGCACAGAUACGGCACCAGAUGGCAGACGACAGUAAAGGGGACUACUCCUCGGUGCUACAGAAGUUUAAUCGUGAGCAGCAUGAGCACUACUUCACGCACAUACCUGGCAUCUUUCAGAAACUUCAAGAUAUGGAGGAGAAGAAGAUAGGAAGGAUGGGAGAAUCCCUGAAAACUUAUGCAGACAUAGAUCGCCAAGUGGUCCCAAUCAUCGGAAAGUGUCUCGAUGGAAUCACAAAAUCUGCAGAGUCCAUCAGUGAGAAGCAAGAUUCCCAGAUGGUCAUAGAAUCCUUCAAAUCAGGGUUUGAACCUCCGGGAGACAUUGACUUCGAAGACUUCACGCAGUCCAUGAAGCGCACAGUGUCCGACACCAGCCUGACCAAGGCCGACUGCAAGUCCGACCCCAAGGUUCCGAGUAAAUCCCGCAACAAACUCUGGCCUUUCAUCAAGAAAAACAAGCCAGCUGUUUAUGUGACUCGCUAUAAACAUGCCAGAUUCCCGGCCUUUCAUUUCUCAAACUGGGCAUCGGGAACGUGGCUUAUGUCCCUCCUAACAUCCCCUCAUCAGCCCCCUCCUCCUCCACCUGCCUCUUCCUCUCCCUCUGCUGUUCCCAAUGGCCCCCACUCUCCCAAGCAGCAAAAGGAACCCCUCUCCCACCGCUUCAACGACUUCAUGACUUCCAAACCCAAAAUGCACUGCUUCCGAAGCCUAAAGCGAGGGCCCCUCCAGCAGACAGAGUCUGUGUGUGCUGACAAAGGGAUGAUGAAGAGGACUAUAGGGAAGCCCACGUGUGCCUUUGAGGCUAGGGAAUAUGUUCUUUCUCUGAAGCUGUGUUUUGGUUCCCGCCAGGGUUCUACGCCUGAGGACUUCAGCAACCUCCCCCCGGAGCAGAGGAGAAAGAAGCUGCAGCAGAAGGUGGACGAACUCAACAAGGACAUUCAGAAAGAAAUUGACCAGAGAGAUGCCCUAACCAAGAUGAGAGAUGUGUAUAUGAAAAAUCCGCAGAUGGGGGACCCAGCCAGCGUGGGGCAGAAGUUGGUAGAAAUUGGGAAUAACAUAGAGAAACUACGAGUGGAAGUCCAUAAAUUUGAGGGCUGGCUAGCAGAGGUGGAGGGCAGGCUUCCGGCACGUAAUGAUAGCUCACGCCGACAAAGUGGCUUAUACGACACUCAGAACACACAAACAGUUAAUAACUGUGCACAGGAUCGAGAGAGCAGCCCAGAUGGCAGUUACACGGAAGAUAACAGCCAGGAGCCAGAAGUGAAGGUGACCCCUACGGAAUUCGAUGACGAUUUUGACGAUGAGGAACCCCUGCCAACAAUAGGGACAUGUAAAGCUAUAUACCCAUUUGAUGGGGAAAAUGAAGGAACAAUAUCAGUGACGGAAGGAGAAAUACUCAGCGUGAUCGAGGAGGACAAAGGAGACGGCUGGACACGGAUCCGCAGGAAGGAGGAGGAGGAGGGUUAUGUGCCAACAUCCUACAUUGAAGUUUAUUUGGACAGAAAUACCAAAGAUUCCUAAAGGUGUGCCGGUAGCAAGGACUCUGGGGCGAGCUUGUAAAAGGAGGAGAGACACCCAGGCAGAUGUACACAAACCCCCCCCCCCAUCCGCUGGACUGUACCAACAGGAGUAAAACACGCACACACACUGAUUAUUUUAAAUGAUCCCCCCCAAAAAUAGCCAAGGCACAUUCUCUGGCCUCUCGCCCGUCGCUACUUUCGUUUAUUGCACUUUUCUUGAUUUUCUUUUCCACGUGCAACGCACAGCAUUACUUGGAACACGUAACUUGGGUAUAUAUAUAUAUAUAUAUAUAUAUAUACUCAGGUCUAUAUUCUGUAUCACUGCCCUGUGUUACCCCUUUUACUACAGUCUCAUUAGAGAAUUUGGUUGCUUCGGCUGUAACCCAUGUGUCUUAUUUUAGUCACGGCCAUUAAAAUCAGAAGGUUGCAGCUUUGUGUGUGAACAGGCAGCGGCGGGGAGAGACAAGAUAAUUAAGACUAACUUUUUGUGUGUGUGUGGUUGUCCUUUAAUUUUUCCUGUAGUCAUUAUUGUGCACAAACAAACCAGCACUCUGCUAACUGUUGCACUCCGUGGUCCUAACAGGCAGCUUCUCAGCGUACCAUGGGGCUUUGCAGUCAUUUCAGCACAUUGGCCAAUCGUCCCUGGCCUUCAGAAAUGUCUCAGACUAUUAAAGGGGCACUAUUGCUUUUUUAUUUUUUUAAUUUAAAUGCUAUACAUUUUAGCAAUCAUUUAACACAAAGUAUUUAAAUAUAUUAAAAAUUCUAUUAUUCUAAUUAAAAACUGUAUUUUUCUUGCUUGGACAACACAGCAUCUAGGUCUCGCUUGUUUGCAUUCUCCAGCCAUGGACUCCUUUAGGUCAGAUGUUGACCUAGAGGAGUCUAUGGACUACAUGGAGAGCUUUGUCUCCUGACGUGUUUCAGGUGCUGGAGAACCCAGCCGCUUCCCCUUGACUUUAAUACAGCUGUGUCAGGCAGUAUCUGUUAAAGGCAAUGGGAAAGCAAUACAGGAAUCUUAAGGCCUGAUACUACACGUUCCACCUAGUGGCAGAAUAUUUUGUAACAUACGAUUUGGCUUAUAUAAUAUAAUACAAAGCAAAUUAUUCAGUAAAAAUUAGUGAUAGUGUCCCUUUAAAUCAUCAUAAAGGGACGGUUUGAAAAAAAAAAAAAUUCUCAGUAUGUUGUAGACUUUAUCUGCCCCUUCUCUAACACUGCUGUUUGGUUGCCAAAGUCUCACAUCAUAGCAACCUGAAUCUGGCUUAAAUAUUGGGCCUGGUAUUGUAAAGCAUUACACCCAAGGACUGGCUUUGAUAGGUAGUGGUUUGGCCGUCGGUUGUCCCUAACCGUGCAGUAUAAAUAGGGGUCACCAUGUAAAGGCUCAAAGCCACAGCUGUUUUUUUACUGGUUAAGGAUCUUUGUUUCCUUUAAGUCAUGUGACAAAGAUCUGUGGGCAUUCUUUUUGUUUUGUCUACAAUAUCCUGAGAGUUCUAAUGAAUUCUAAAUGUUGUAAAGAAUUCUAUAUUUCUAAUGCCCCAUCCCAUGUUUCCACAAUGAAAGAGGCUUCUUGCUGCCAUAUCCAUCCAAACACCCCCUCAUGACCAUUGCUGGUUGAGGAACCUUUUGCUCCUCCUUUUUUUUUUUUAAAGCCAUUUUCCAUCUCUCCUUUCCCUUCUAUACUGUGUGGCCCUACCUUGGGGUCCUCCUCAUGCUUCUGCCUCUUGGUUUGUUACUCGCUGUCUGUUGGACCUGUAACAUCUGGUCACUCUCUAUUUUUUUCUGCCUGCAUGCUCGCCCUGUCUCCUUGCCUCUGCUCACCUAAAGGGUCACUCUGAUUUACUAGAUGGGUUUCUUAUUGCUGCAUGAAAGCUAAAAGCAACAACCAUCCUUUAGUAGAUACUACUGAAUGGGGUAAUGGCUGUGGUGGGUGGUGGAGAAGACUUCUGUAGACCUGCUGUUGGGGAAUCAGGAGCCAUGCCACCCUUCCUCAGAUGGAUAUCAUUUGCUUCAACUUCUCUACUUAGACUUUCUGAAGUCACUGCUGACCACAUAUCAAGCAUUGAAGAUAGAGCCAUCACCUAAUGAAAGACCAGCUCUUGAUUUUUUAAUGGUGGUUAGGCUGUAUUCCUAUAAAAGUUAAGCCUCCCAGGACAUAUAUCCCAUAAUGACGCAAGCCAACAUAAGAGUCCUCAUCGGACAAGCAUCAGUAGGAAAGGACUUUUAUAUUCCAUCCAACACAUGAAGCUGUGAGUGUCCCGAGUUUUUGCCUUGCUGCAGUUUAUAUUGUUCCCUGGGUUCGGGGAAAGAUCAUGUUCUUUUUGUGUCUCUUCUCCAUUUGUUUGUUGGUCGAAGGGUCCCAAGAUCUUGUCCUGUAUGGGAACCUUCUGCUUUCAAAGGAGUAUCCAGUGUUAUGUAAUUUAUGUGGUUAAACAAACAACUUGCCUAUUGCUUCUGUAGUUCUCUAGUUUAGGUGGACAGUAUAUUAUUGUCAGUACUGAUGGCACAUCUGAGCAUCUCUUUGCUUUCGCCACGUCACCGAACGUAAUGAGUAGCGCCAUCGGAGGAGGAAAGUAAUCCAUGUUUACAAACCACUUGUAGUAAGAAAGAUUAGACCUUUCCCAGUGCUAGAACAGUUGAAACGCCACUCAUAUGCCCCUUCAGAAACCCCCCCGCUAUGGUUUUAUGCUGAGUUACCCCCAAAAAUGGGCUGUAAAUAAACUAUAUGGAAAGAUAUUCCCUUGCCAAAGCUCUUACAAGAGGAAUUUUUCCAGAGUGAAAACAUUUUUUUAUGCACUGUUUUUGUUAUUUUUUUAACUUUUCACAGCCCCACCCACCCCAUACCAACCCCUUCCCCUUUGCUUCAGAUAGAGUUCUAAAGAUUAAAAAGAAAAACUGCCAAAUUGUACAUAUUCUAUUUUAAACUAAAAUAUAUUAAGCACCUUUCUCCCUAUUUUCCUUUUGUUUUGUGCUUGUUUUUAAUCACUCGUGUACGGAAAGAAAAAUCUCUGUGCAGUGUUGUUCCUGUGCCAAGCGAGGGAGACAGUCUUGCCCCAUGAUUUUUUGGCAAGGGACUUCUCACCCUGUUAACUAGAAAGGAUUUAAGCUCUUUGAAAGGGAACAGGAACAGUAGGCUUGUGUUUGAGGUCUCCCUUCUGAGGGUAAAUGCAUCAAAAAGAGAACAGCUUUGUUCUAGGUAGCCUCUGAAGGUAGAUGUGUCUGGGACAAUAGGUGUGUUUUAGGUCCAAUUCUAAGGCUAAAUGCAUCUAAACAGGAAACUUGUGUUUAAGCUAGCCUUCCUAAGGUUGAUGUGCUUAGAGCACUUGUGUUCCAGGUUUCCAUCUGUGGGUCAAUUUAUCUAAAAGAACAGCUUCUAGGUAGCCUUCUGAGGGUAGAUGCGCCUGGAACAAUAGAGCUGUGUUACAGGUCCCAUUCAGAAGGUAAAUUCAAAUAGUAUGUUCUUUGUAGCUUUCUGAAGGUAAAUAUGCUUAAAACAGUAGUCUUGUGUUCAAAAUCAGUUUUCUGAGGGUAAAUGCAUCUAAACAGGAAAAUGUUUUAGGCAGCCUUUUGAAGGUAGAUGUGCCUGGAGCAGUUGACUUGUGUUCUAGGUUUCCCUCUGAGGGUAUAUGUAUCUAGAAAAGAACUGGGUAGCCUUCUUAAGCAGUGAUGAGCAGGUCAAAAAUUAUUCAAUUCUAACCUGCUAAUUUCCAACCUACACCAAAACUGGUCUUAAGUCUUGUACUUUGACCAGUCACCAGUCCAAACUCAUACCUGGGGGCUCACCUGCUUAGCCUAAACCUGCAUGUUUUGGGUUAACCUGUUCAUCACUAUAAAGAAGGCAGACUUGUGUUCUAUGCCUCUUUCUGACAGAACAUGUAUCUAGUACAAAAAACUUUUAGAUUCUAGAUUGCUACUGUUCCAAACAUCUGCCUUCAGUAGACCUAGAGGUCUGUCUAACAUUGGAUGGGUUGUGUAAGAGCCUGACCACAAAGAAGCUUUGAAGACCCAUUACCAUAAGCAUGAUACGAUAUGCCAUUCAGUUCUGAGAACUGCAAUACUGCUAGAAAUAAACUAAUAUUAAAAAACUCUA